AUGGCAGGAAUCCUCGCCCGAAGCGCCCGAAGCGCCCUUCGCGCAACUACACAAACCCCGCGCCUCUCCUUCGCCCUCGCCAAACCCACGACACCCUCCCAAAUCAACACCCACGCCGCGCCCCCAACCCGCCGCUUCCUCGCCACCACCGCCGCCAGCAGCGAGCAACCACGCCUCCGCCUCGGCAGCGAAGCCCCCAACUUCAAGGCCCAAACCACCCAGGGCGAGAUCGACUUCCACACCUGGCUCGACGGGUCCUGGGCGAUCCUAUUCUCGCACCCAGCGGACUUCACGCCCGUCUGCACGACCGAGCUAGGCGCGUUCGCGAAACUCGCACCGGAUUUCGAGCGCCGCGGCGUCAAGAUGAUCGGGCUAUCCGCCAACGACGUGUCCUCGCACGGCCGAUGGAUCGCCGACAUCGACGAAGUCUCCAACACAACCCUAAAAUUCCCGAUCAUCGCCGACGCGGACCGCAAGGUCGCGUUCCUGUACGACAUGGUGGACCAACAGGACCUGAGCAACAUCGACGAGAAGGGGAUCGCGUUCACGAUCCGGUCCGUGUUCGUCAUCGACCCGGCGCGCAAGAUUCGGCUCACUAUGAUGUAUCCCGCAAGUACCGGUAGAAAUACGGCCGAAGUAUUGCGGGUAAUCGACUCGCUGCAGACGGGGGACAAGAAGGGCGUCACGACGCCGAUUGAUUGGCAGGUCGGCGACGACGUCAUCGUGCCGCCGAGCGUGAGCACUGCGGAUGCGAAGAAGAAGUUUGGGGAGGUGAGGGAGGUCAAGCCUUACUUGCGGUACACCAAGAUCUAG